AUGGGAUUUAGUAGAGAUAAUUGGCCCUGGGUGGGGAAUGCGAGUGAGAAACUGGGAGGGGGGGCGGGUUUAUAUGUUUGUGCUGGUUUUACGGGACAUGGAAUGCCGACGGCUAGGUUGAGUGCUAAGGCAGCUGUAGGCUUGAUGAUGGGAGAUAAGAUGGAGACUAUUGAUUUACCUGAGAGGUAUGUCUUGAGUGAGAAAAGAGUUAGAAAAGCAAGAGAGCUGGAUGUGGUUGGCGUUGCAGAUGAGAAGGGUGAGUUUUGCUAG